GUAGAGACGCCAAACCAAAAAAAAAACGCGUAUAAAAAAUUAACAGUGCUGAAAAAAGCCAAUAACAUCAAUCAUCAUCAUAAUCAUCAUUCAUCAUUCACCAACUCAUCACAGGAUCAAAGGACCAUGACAAUGAAUGCUUCUCAGGCCGAGGUAGAAUACUUAAGCUCCCAACUCUUCGAGAAGGGGAAAUUGGUCACUUAUAAAACUCUUUCACGAGCUUUGAAUGUUCAUAUCAAUCAUUCUAAACUUGUAUUAUUUGAAUUUUAUGAACGUAAUAAAUCAAAACUUUCAGCUAAAUUGGUUAUAACCGGUAAAGAUAAUACAGGCACGUUGAUCAAAUUCAUCGAUGAUGAAAGCGAGGAAGUGGUUAAAUCCCAUUUAAAUUCUUUCACGGUGGAGAUCAAUACUAUUCAAGUAUAUAGUAUCAAUCCUAAGGAUUUAAUCCUUGAUCAAUCAAACCAUAAUGAAAUCAUUCAACAAUCAAGAGAAUUCCCCAUUGAUCUUGCGAAUUUGGAUAAAUAUUAUCACAAUGGGCUUAUAAAGGGUCCGAAAGUUGUACCAGUUGAACAAUCCACCAUUAAACAGAAUUACAUCCCACCUCCAACAACCAACACAAAUACUACUACGACUAAACUGAUUAAGAAGGAAGAACCAAAGAUUAAAAGUUCAGGAUUGAGUUCUGCAUAUGUAUCAAGAAAAGAAAAACCAGCUGCUAGAUCAAAUACGUUAUCAAAUUAUACUUCUCGAAAAGCAGAAAAUGCUGGUACUAAAAGAUCAUCAACAGAACCUAGUAGUGGUGGAUAUCAAUAUAAAUCAAGAAAAGUUGAAAGUAAACAACCUAAAGAGAGAAUCAUUGUUUCAAGUCAUAAUGAUGAUGAUGAUGAUGAAGAUGAAGAUGUUGAAGAAGUGGAAGAAGUGGAUGUGGAAGAAGUUAAACCAAUUAAGAGUACUCAGAUUCAAGAUUUAUUUGCCAAUGAAGAAUGGAGCGAUUUUGAAGAAGACGCUCCUGCCAAGGAUGAACCUAUUGUGGUUGAAGAGGAGAUAGUGAAGAAGAAACCAGUGGAGAAAGCUGAAUCUGACAAGGAUCCACAACAACAAGAACAACCAAAUGAGGCAAAUGUUGAAGAAAGUCAAAAUGCACCAGAACAACCACAACAGGAAGAAGAUAUGACUACAGAGUAUGAUGAAGAUGGAUAUAUAAUAACCAAGAAAAAGAAACCGAUUGCUAAACCUGCUCCAUCAAGAAAUGUUAAACGAAUGAUUUCUCCACCUCCAACAACUUCCAAAUCUAAAAAAUCAAAAGAUGGUAAAAAUCAAAGUAUAUUGAGUUUCUUUGGUAAGAAUAAGUAAAUAUAUCUCUAUAGGAAAUAAAUAAAUAAAACAAACAAUAACUAGCAUUAAUUAUGUCAUUGU